AUAGAGAUCGAAAUUCUCUUCAUUUUCUCAGGCUCCAAUGUCGCUGGACUUAGCUCGUUGAUCAUCGUACAAAAAGCUUGCUCGUAGCUAUCAGCUCCCCGGAGAAGAAGAUGGUGCGGAAACAGUUUCAACAGGCUAAAACUGGAAUAGAGGCAUUGAAGUCAAUGGAUGCUAACAACUACUUGAAGAAGGUUGGAUUAGGGCGUGACGAUAUGUUCUUUUGGAAACAAGUGGGAAAAGCAUUGCUAUGCACUUACACAAUCUUUGGUAUGGCUUGGAUUUACAAUGAAACGUCUCCUUUAGGUUGGUGGACGCUGAAGCCAAGACCAAAGGAAGAGAGAGAAUUGGCUCAUUUGUAUGAGCGGCGUGAGUUUCCUUAUCCUGGUGAUACAGAGGCUAUGGAGGAUUUUGUUGCAAAGGGGGGAAUGAUUGGUACUGCAAUUGGACCGAAAGGAAUUGUUGAGUCCGAAGGUGAGGCUGAUAAUUACCAGAAGGAAAUGGAGAAGAAGAAGUUUGAUAAAGAGGCUCAGAAACUGUGGUUGAGAAUGAGGAAUGAGGUUAUUACUGAACUUCAAGAGAAAGGGCAUAAUCUUGAAUAAGGAAGUGCAAUAGGGUUUUGAUAAAUAAAAAAGCUGUGUGUAAUUUAGGGUGUGUAUCAGUUAGACUAAGGAUUCAACCACUCGUACAAGUGUUUCUGUCUACGUAUAGCUGAAAGUACUAUACUGGUUGAUGUUCUUGCUCUUGGGGAAGUAGCUCUUGUCCUUUAUUGGUGGCUUGAUUCAUGUUUUGGCUUAAACCCUUUGGAAUAUAACUUGAUGCUUUUUGCCCCC